ACCAUCGCCGCUGCUGCUCAGCACCACGAGUCCACGAGUGCUCCCCCAGCUAGCUUGUGCGGGUCGGAUCGGAGGCAAUGGCGGUGGUGGAGGUGCUGACGUCGGAGGUGGCCGUGCCCGCCGAGGAGACGCCGGCAGGCGCCAUCUGGCUGUCCAACCUGGACCUCGCCGCGCGCCGCGGGUACACGCCCACGGUCUACUUCUUCCGGUCCAACGGUGAGCCGGGGUUCUUCGCCGCCGAGGUCGUCAAGGAGAGCCUCGCCAGGGCGCUGGUCGCGUUCUACCCUCUCGCCGGCCGCCUCGGCGUCGACGCCACCACCGGGCGCGUCCAGAUCGACUGCAACGGCGAGGGCGCCGUGUUCGUGACGGCGCGGUCGGGCCGCUACGCGCUCGACGACCUGAUGAGCGAGUUCGCGCCGUGCCGCGAGAUGCGGGACCUGUUCGUGCCCCCGACGCCGCCGCCGAACCCGCCGUGCCCGCUGCUGUUCGUGCAGGUCACCCGCCUGCGCUGCGGCAGCGUCGUGCUCGGGCAGGCCAUGCACCACUCGGCCUGCGACGCCCGGGGCGCCGCGCAUUUCUUCGAGACGUGGGCGAGCAUCGCGCGCGGGGACGCCGCCGCCGCGCCCGUGCCGCCUUGCUUCGACCACGGCCUGCUCGCGGCGCGCCCCGAGCGCGCGGUGACGUACGACCACCCGGAGUACAUGCCGGAACCGGAGCCGGUGGACGCCGCUGCCGCGUCGGAGUACGCUAGCGCCAUCAUCACCAUGACCAAGGCGCAGGUGGCGGCGCUCAGGGCGCGGUGCCCGGGGGCGUCCACGUUCCGCGCGGUGGUGGCGCUGGUGUGGCGGUGCGCGUGCCGGGCGCGGUCGCUGCCCCACGACGCCGAGACGCGGCUCUACUCCAUGAUCGACAUGCGCGCGCGCCUGGACCCGCCGCUGCCCCCCGGGUACUUCGGCAACGCUGUGGUCCGGACGUCGGUCUCCGCCACGGCGGCGGAGGUGGUGUCGAGCCCCGUCGGCCACGUUGCGCGCCGCGCGCUCGCGGCGACGAGCCAGGGCGGCGACUACGCGCGGUCGCUGGUGGACUACCUGGAGGGGGUGGACGCCAUGAACCUGCCCCGGAGCGGCAUCUCGAGGGCGCACCUCCGCGCCAUCAGCUGGGUGGGGAUGUCUCUGUACAAGGCGGACUUCGGGUGGGGCGCGCCGGCGUUCAUGGGGCCUGCGCUCAUGUACUACAGCGGCUUCGUGUACGUGAUGAACGCGGCGGGGAAGGACGGCGACCUCGCGCUCGUGCUGUCGCUGGAGCCCGAGAGCAUGCCGGAGUUCAGGAAGGUGUUCGCCGAGGAGCUCGCGCGCCUGGACGUGGUGUAGACUACACCGUGUAGUACAUACAUACAUGAUGCAUGUAGCUCCUCCGAGUAGCAGCUGGCCGCUAGUGCACAGUUGCGACUUGCGAGCGUGCAACGUCGUCAGUGUCUCGUAGACGUGUGUGCAGAAGUGCGUACUGCUAUUAACGCAUUGCAGGUUAAUACGUAUGUUCCAUGGCACGUACUACACACACGCAACAUGUGAAUGAGACUGUCUUUGGAUGCUUAGUCAUGCAUGGCUAUUUGAAUGUCUAUAUUGGUUUCAUAUAUAACCAAUAAAUCGAACACAUUUAGAUAUUUCAGUCUCUGAUU